GAAGAUAAGCAGCAGCCCGGUUUACUCUGCUCACAAAACGGUAACGACGCUCCGUUCGGUGUCUGACUCUGCGCGUUUCAUCGAGGUUUUAAUACCGACUAAUUAAUCUAGCGACGCUUCAGACGACAAUAAGUGCGCAUGGAGUCUGCGUUCACCAGCUGCGGGGGGUGUUUUGCGGAUCAGAAAGUGUCCUGCUUGUGUUAGCUGGCCGCAGCUGACCACAAUCCAUCCCAACAAUGGGCCUCAUAUUCGCCAAGCUGUGGAGCUUCUUCUGCAACCAAGAGCACAAGGUGAUCAUUGUGGGACUAGACAAUGCAGGGAAGACCACUAUCCUCUACCAAUUUCUAAUGAAUGAGGUCGUCCACACAUCACCCACCAUCGGAAGCAAUGUGGAGGAGAUAGUUGUGAAAAACACCCACUUCCUGAUGUGGGAUAUCGGGGGGCAGGAGUCCCUCAGGUCCUCCUGGAACACGUACUACUCAAAUACAGAGUUCAUUAUUCUGGUGGUGGACAGCACAGACAGAGAGAGGCUGGCCAUCUCUAAAGAGGAGCUCUACAGGAUGCUGGCUCACGAGGACCUGCGGAAAGCAGCUGUGUUGAUAUUUGCCAAUAAGCAGGAUAUGAAGGACUGCAUGUCUGCGGCAGAGAUCUCCAAAUACCUCACCCUGAGCUCCAUCAAAGACCACCCCUGGCACAUACAGUCCUGCUGUGCACUUACAGGAGAGGGUUUAUGUCAAGGCCUCGAGUGGAUGACCUCCAGAGCUGGACUCAGAUAGCCCCUUUCCUUCGCCAUCGAUGACCUGACUACCUGCACCACCCGCACGGUGGCACAACAUCUUGUCCUUACUUGAUUAUUGUUACUUUUUUAUGACAAACUGUGGGGAAAGAGGUUGGCAGAAUAAUUGAUACAAUGGAGCCAGUUCAUCUCCUCGUGAUUAUGAUGAAGAGGUACAUUUCAAAGACCUGGUUACGAAAUGAGCAGUGGUUUUUACUGCAGAGAAAAUUUUAUUUCAGAGGACGACCCCCAACAUUUAUAUUACAUAUCAUGUUUAAGUCCUCUGUAUUAUAUGAGAUACACGGAGGCACAAAUAUGGUGCAGGAGCCAUUUUUCCCUCUGUGCAAGUUUGUUGACAUUCAGGACAAACAAAGGGAUUACAGACAGUAUUCUAAAAGCAGUUUCAUAGGAAUGGUGACACUAACUUCUAAUAAUACGCAUUAUUUAAUUUUUAUCUUUUUCCUAAUUUUCUGCACAACUAUUGGUUAUGUUACAUAAAACUUCAGUUUCAUAAGCUACAUUGUUGGUGGGAGUUCUCAGUUAAGUCGAUGAUGCCACGUGGAAUUAUGGUAAAGGACAAAAUCUUUUUCUUUCUUUAAUUUUCUGUACUUGUUAUUGAGCCAAAUGGGUGUCGAGUCAAUGUUUUACUUCAUGUAUAUUUGGAAAAAAACAAACUUGCCCGGCAACGUGAUUUCAAAUGGAAUUGAAAGCUCAAUUUUAACUGUAUUUUAAACAUCUUUAUCACUAAUGCUUUUAUUUUUACUCAUAAGACAUUUUUUUCUGGUUUGGCAUAUGGUUAACUUCUCUGCUGCAUCUGCAUUUCAGUAAUUUCUGCAGAAUAUUUUAUACUUUUUUCAAAAGGGAUUGGAGGAAGCCAACUAUGAUUACUUUUAAACCACUGUAGCAUUCAGUGGUUUAGUAGCACGAAAUAGUUUGGCCACCAGUUGCAACACUUGAUCCUCAGCCUUAACGGAGCCUUAAUGGUGUUUUGAGGAUCACGGUUGGAAACUUUAAUCUGCCUGUGAUGUUUGCCCUUUCCUCCUCUAACCUCAUACGAAACAUCCUUGAACUUGCUAUCAGAGCUAUGCACGAGUCACUUUGAAACCUUGUAUACUUUUUACAAGUCUUUAAGUGGCCACAUAGGAGGUGCACGGGUUUCAGUGAGCAAAUUGGCUGGACUACGUUUGGGUGCGAGCACUUCUGGGUCUCUGCAGAUCGCUACGCCUCCAAACUCACAACAGGAGUCGAGCUUUUUAAAGCGUCAACGUUUUACAGUUUUUACCUUAACAUCACAAAGCAAGGAUGCUGAUCAUACUGUGUGGUGACAUCUAGUCUGUAUGUUUUCAUUAAAGGUUUGUUUUCAA